UCUGUAAGCCGAUGACUUUUUUAAAAUCAAAGUUACAGUGUCUUAUGUAGAUAAGACACGUUGCUCGUACUUAUUUGGACUAUCUCAGUGAGUUGUAGAUUGUUUUCCAAAUAAUGAUAACAUCACUAGAAACAGCGCUCGACAAACAAAUUUAUUGGGCUGCUGCAAGGUACUCUAAAAUAAACAAUUUUCAACUACAUUAUGGCAAAAAGCUCGCAGCAAAAGUUGGCAUUAAACAAGGUGAUAAAAUUUUGGAUAUGGGUUGCGGAACGGGAGAGCUGACCUCGUUUAUUGGGGAGAUUGUAGGAAAACAAGAUCGAGUGGUUGGUGUUGAUCCAGACAUAGAUGGAAUUCACUACGCCAAUCAACACAAUUGUAACGUGAAUGAAAACGUUUCAUUUGAAAUUGGCGACAGUUCAAGUAAAUUUGUACAGCCAAACAAAUCCUUCUACGAUGCCCAUUUCAGCAAUUUUUCCUUUCAAUGGCUUACAUUGGAUGAAAAGAAAGAGUUUUCGCAAACGGCUUUCGAAUGUCUAAAACCAAAUGGCCAAAUAGCUCUCAAGAGUCACGAAGGCUAUCCGGAAAUAGCUCUAUUUGCAGAAUAUUUAAUCUCAAAGAAACAGAACGCUUUGACUUAUAUCAAUGAUAAGAAACUGAUUCAAUUUUUUAUAUCUAAAGAUGAAACAACAUCUCUUAUUGAAGAAAUGGGCUUUGUAAUCAUUUCAAGUGAUUAUGAUAUUGGAAAACAACGAUACGAAACACUAGACGAUUUUCUCAACUUUUUUAGCGCUUUUGAUUAUCAUGCCACAAGCAUGUCCUACAGUGAGAGAAAAGAAUUUAUGGCACGUUUUGGCAACGAAGAUGGAAGUGUAAAUUUGGUGGACGAUACAUUGUACCAGAUUGUUACAAGAAAGAACUGCAGAAGCGGUUAGAUAACCGAUGUUAAUAUUUCAAUUGCCUUCAUGCAAUUGAUUACUACAUUUAAACAAUAAUAAACACUGAUAUAUAGCUUGUUGUAUUAUAAGACACUCACCCUAACAUUUAACACACUCACCGUCAUUUUUAUGACACUCACCCUAACUUUUACGACACUCACUAUUACUUUUAGGACACUCACAAUAACUUUUAAGGCACUCACCCUCACUUUUAGGACACUCAGCCUAACUUUUAAGUCACUCACCCUAACUUUUAAGUCACUCACCCUAACUUUUAAAAACUCACUCUUACUUUAAGACACUCGCCCUAACUUUUAAAAACUCACUCUUACUUUAAGGCACUCACCCUAACUUUAGGACACUCAUCCUAACUUUUAAACAAUCACUCUUACUUUUAGGACACUCACCCUAAAUUUUAAACACUCGCCCUUACUUUUAAGACGUUUCAAACUUUUGAAAAAUUGGUUAUAUUUUCUUUACGAUAAUGAAACUUUGUAAUUGUAGAACCAAUAUCGUAGUACAGAGUGUUAUAUAUUACAGAGUGUUAUAAAUUACAAGGUGUAGGGAUGACACUGUCAUCACUAUAUGCUUUCCGCGCAGCAAAUAUAUUGUCACAAUAUUUAAUGAAAAUAUAAUAUUUUAUAAAUCCUAA